AUGAGUGCCCUAAUCCAGCCGAACGAGGUCCAAGUUGACCACGAUGCAACCGCCACGAGUCGGAAACUACAAACCAACGCAGCAGUCGCAAGGGCCAAUGUAGACAACCUCCGGGACGAUCCGGGAGCCAGAGCGGCGUUUCUUUCUACAUUCUCGGCCGAAGAGGAGAGGUCCGCCAUCAACAAGGUCGAUAAAGCCUUCCUGGUUCUCAUCGGAAUCAUGUACAUGAUCAAACAAGAAAGUGACACGGGAAUUGACCAAACCAAUGCGGCGAAUAUAAGAGUCCUGCAGGUGGGAGUGCCGCGUAACAUCAUGAAGGAGCUCAACAUGACCUCGGACCAAUACAACUGGGUUUGGUCUAUCUACGGCCUAACGUGGUGCCCGAUCGCCUACAUCAUCUUUGAAGCGCUUAGCAACCUAUUAUUGAAGCGUAUGAGCCCCCAUUUGUGGCAAUCCCGCAUUUUCCUCAACUGGGGGGUUAUCACCGCCUGCCAAGCCGCAGCGCAAACCCGACAUCAACUCUACGCCAUGCGGUUUUUGCUCGGAAUGUUAGUGGCCGGCAUGUUUCCAGGUCUCAUGGCCCAGCUAUCAAGCUGGUACCGCACCGAUGAAAUCGGCAAGCCAGUGACCUGGUUCUUCGCAUGGUCUAAGCUCGCCGGCAUCGUCGGCUCCCUGUUGUGUUACGGCAUCAGCUACCUGAACGGGGUCCGCGGCCUCAGUUCCUGGAGGUGGGUGUACCUCCUCGAGGGCCUGGCGACGAUCGUCUUCUCCGGCGUCGUGUCCUGGCUCUUACCCGAUUACCCAAAGUCUCCUCGAAGCAGUCGCUUCCUCGCGAAGUAUCUGCCGACUAUCGUGACGAAUCUCGGCUUCGUGGGGUUGCCGAGAAACCAGUUGCUUAACAUGUCGCCUGCAUUCGCAGCCAUUGUCGGUCUGAUCUUCUCGGCGCGGUUCAUGUCAAGAGCAUACGUCGUACGACCAGCGUACAUCAUGAUUCUUAUGUCUGGGAUGAUGGUGUGCUUCGUGCUAUUCUUUACAAUUACCGGCCGCUACAGCAUCUACAUUUCGUGCAUAUUAGACACUUUGUUCUAUCAAUCCGCCACAUUGUCGGGGUCUACGUGUACCGCCUUUAUCCUCGGUCUGCAAUCUGGCAUAGCUCAACUGGGCGGCCUUAUUGGGCCGCAACUGUUCCAGUCAAAGUUUGCGUACAACGGUUGCAAGACCAGCUUUGCCAUCGCAGCGGCGACUACGGUUGCGUCUUUUCUGGCCAACCUUUGGACGUGGUGGUUGACGAGAAACACGGAGUACGACGUGAUGAGAGUGCGGAGGAAGAUCCUGAAAGCGAGAAAGGCCGGCAAAAUCAACUUUGACGAUAGCAUCCGGGUGUUUGAAGAGAGACGCCCUUACGACGGGUUCAAACGUCAGGGACGGAAUGAUGGCGAGGAAAGCUCACAGAUGUAAUGGACCAAUCCUCUCUGCAUGCGCACGACGACUGGGCGAAUCAGAGACGGAGUAGCGAUAAGAGCUGUUUUCCACAUCCAAUCCGGUCUUCGCCACAAGACACGCGAAUAAGUCGAGAUCGAAGUCAAUCUCCAGGACCAAGUGAGAACAAUCGAUGAGUGUAUAUGAGAGCA